GGGCCAACCGGUGCGCGUCUUUCCGCUGCGUCUUUCCACUGCGCCCCGGUUCGCCACUUUUUCUUUCUUUUUUUUACCAAAAAGCGCAGAGAGCGGCGCUUGAAGAGAAGUUGCGUACUUGUGACCCAUCCGAACCGAUGUGGCUCCUCGGAUCAACUUCCCAAGUGAUGAUGAUGAUGGACGAGCGGCUUUCUCCCUCCGCGCGCUGCGUCCAGAGCCCCGGGGACAACCCGUCCACGGUCCACAGCAUAGAGGCCAUUCUGGGAUUUAAAGAGGACACCAUCUUCCACAAGUCGGGAUGCUACAGCCUGCCAGAGAAGGUCCUGGUCAAGGAUGCCGAGCGGAGUGGAAUAAUGGGCCCACUGAAGAAAGGACAUUCCGCGGAAAGUUUUGACAGUGUGUGUCGCGCGGACGGCGCCGCCGACGCGUCGGCGUGCCCGGACUCACCGGAAGGAGACGGGAAACUGUCCGACGACGAAAACCCAAAGAAGAAACACCGCCGGAACCGGACAACGUUCACCACCUUCCAGCUCCACGAGCUGGAGAGAGCUUUCGAGAAGUCCCACUACCCGGACGUGUACAGCAGGGAGGAGCUGGCGCUGAAGGUCAACCUGCCGGAGGUCCGCGUGCAGGUCUGGUUUCAAAACCGGCGGGCAAAAUGGCGUCGGCAGGAGAAGCUGGAGGUGAGCUCCAUCAAGCUCCAGGACACCUCCUCCUCCCUGCUCUCCUUCAGCCGCUCCCCCGGCGGUUCGCUGUGCUCCGGCCUGCAGCUGGACCCGUGGCUCUCCACCCCCAUCACGACCUCCGCCUCGCUGCAGUCCCUCCCGGGCUUCAUCGCCGGCUCGCAGGGCCUCCCGUGCACUUACACCCCCUCCCCUCCCCCCUCCAUGCCCUCCUCCUUGCCGGCGUCCUUCCUCAACCCCCCGGCCUUGGGACACGGCCCUCACCUGCCCCACAUGGGCCCCAUGUGCCCCCCGCCCCCGGCCUACCACUGCUCGGUUGACCCCAGGAACUCUAGCAUCGCCUCGCUGAGGAUGAAGGCCAAGGAACACAUUCAGUCCAUCGGGAAGACGUGGUGAUGCCGGGUUGGAGAUUAGAUGAAAUGGACAUGGGAACCUGGAGUGCACCGUCCGCCAUCUUUUGAAUAACCGACUUCAGCCUCAUGCGGACGGGAUGGGGUUUUUUUUGGGAACGAGGGAAAUCUCUAGUUGACUUCGGAGACACACUCGUCACUCAUGAGGGUAACGCUUUUCCUCUCCCGUUAACGAUAACAAAAGCGGUGUAUAAACGUUGAAUAAAUGGUUAUUACACAAUGUAAUGAAAUGAUUAUAAGUCAAAAGAGUCUGAGGUAUUAACAGAUAAAUAAAUAACAAGAUAGUACUUUGUUUUUCAAUAUAUCUUCAAAACUAUUAAUUAAUAAAAUUACCCUUAAACUGCUCAUGACUUCAAUAUAAUGUGUUAAAAACCAUUUAUUAAAUGUUUCUAGUGCCUCUAAAUGCAUAAAAGGGGCUUAAAGCAUUUCCUUUAUAAGCAUCUUAAUCUUUGACACUAACGGGAAAUUUCUGUAAAAUUAUGAACACUGAUGUUUUUCAUGUGAUUUUUUUUUUCUCUUGUGUUCUUCAUUUGUUCGACAUUUUUAACCAGUGUCCAUUAGAACUAAUAUUUAUUCUACUUUUGUAAAUGUAGCACUCCUCAUUUCCAUCAAUCCCUCCCUGCUGUUUUUUGAUCUUCAUCAUGAAACAAUUAACAAAUGUGAAUAUUUCUCUACACAAUAAACUUUAUACGUACAAUUCAUCAACAGCAUUGUGGCUCAUUCCGUUUUCCUGGACAAUGUUUCACAUUGGAAACAAAAAUGUAAACUCUAUCAAUCGCACGAUUCAAGGGGAUUCAAAGCAGAUGAAUACAAGACAUUGAGAUUCGUCAGAAGUGUCGUAGAGGAUGAAAUAUAUAUAUAUUCUAUGUAUAUAUUUCAUGUGUUGGCAUAUGUGUGUACAUCAGGAAUGACGGUGAUGGACAGGAGCAGAAUAGCUGUGACCUGCUGAUAAGGUACAUUUUUCAUCA